AUGGCGACCGCAGCGUCUAACCACUACAGCCUGCUCACCUCCAGCGCCUCCAUCGUGCACGCCGAGCCGCCCGGCGGCAUGCAGCAGGGCGCGGGGGGCUACCGCGAGGCGCAGAGCCUGGUGCAGGGCGACUACGGCGCGCUGCAGAGCAACGGGCACCCGCUCAGCCACGCUCACCAGUGGAUCACCGCGCUGUCCCACGGCGGCGGCGGCGGCGGCGGGGGCGGCGGCGGCGGGGGCGGGGGCGGCGGCGGGGGCGGCGGCGACGGCUCCCCUUGGUCCACCAGCCCCCUGGGCCAGCCGGACAUCAAGCCCUCGGUGGUGGUGCAGCAGGGCGGCCGCGGCGAUGAGCUGCACGGGCCGGGCGCCCUGCAGCAGCAGCACCAGCAGCAGCAACCGCAGCAACAGCAGCAGCAACAGCAGCAGCAGCAGCAGCAGCAACAGCGGCCGCCGCAUCUGGUGCACCACGCCGCCAACCACCACCCGGGGCCCGGGGCAUGGCGGAGCGCGGCGGCCGCGGCGCACCUCCCGCCCUCCAUGGGCGCGUCCAACGGUGGCUUGCUCUACUCGCAGCCCAGCUUCACCGUCAACGGCAUGCUGGGCGCCGGCGGGCAGCCGGCCGGGCUGCACCACCACGGCCUGCGGGACGCGCACGACGAGCCACACCAUGCCGACCACCACCCGCACCCGCACUCGCACCCGCACCAGCAGCCGCCGCCGCCGCCGCCCCCGCAGGGCCCGCCGGGCCACCCGGGCGCGCACCACGACCCGCACUCGGACGAGGACACGCCGACCUCGGACGACCUGGAGCAGUUCGCCAAGCAGUUCAAGCAGCGGCGGAUCAAACUGGGAUUUACCCAAGCGGACGUGGGGCUGGCGCUGGGCACCCUGUACGGCAACGUGUUCUCGCAGACCACCAUCUGCAGGUUUGAGGCCCUGCAGCUGAGCUUCAAGAACAUGUGCAAGCUGAAGCCUUUGUUGAACAAGUGGUUGGAGGAGGCAGACUCGUCCUCGGGCAGCCCCACGAGCAUAGACAAGAUCGCAGCGCAGGGGCGCAAGCGGAAAAAGCGGACCUCCAUCGAGGUGAGCGUCAAGGGGGCUCUGGAGAGCCAUUUCCUCAAAUGCCCCAAGCCCUCGGCCCAGGAGAUCACCUCCCUCGCGGACAGCUUACAGCUGGAGAAGGAGGUGGUGAGAGUUUGGUUUUGUAACAGGAGACAGAAAGAGAAAAGGAUGACCCCUCCCGGAGGGACUCUGCCGGGCGCCGAGGAUGUGUACGGGGGGAGUAGGGACACGCCACCACACCACGGGGUGCAGACGCCCGUCCAGUGA